AGUAGAACAGAACGACAGACCUGAAGAAGAGGAGUAGAACAGAACGACAGACCUGAAGAAGAGGAGAACAAGAAGGUGGUCGUGUUACGGUUGAGAUGGAGCUGUGGCGUCACUGUGCCGUGUGGCUGAUAGAGUGCAGGGUGCUCCCUGAGAGUCACAGGGUAACGUGGGACAGUGCUCAGGUGUGUGAGUUAGCCCAGGCUCUGAGGGAUGGAGUCCUGCUCUGUCAGCUGCUGAACAACUUACUACCCCACGCCAUCAACCUCCGAGAGAUUAACCUCCGACCCCAGAUGUCCCAGUUCCUGUGUCUGAAGAACAUCCGUACGUUCCUGGGGGUGUGUCAGGAGAAGUUCCACCUGAGGAAGACUGAACUGUUUGAAGCCUUCGACCUGUUUGAUGUCAGAGACUUCGGCAAGGUGAUAGAUACCUUGUCCAUUCUGUCCCAGUCCCCCAUCUCCAUCCAGAAGGGUUUCCAGUCUUUCCCAAUAGAUGGCUGUAUUGCUGAUGAUGAUAUCUACAACGGUCUCUCUGACCAGAUUGAUGAAACAGUGGACGAGGAUGAUGACCUUUAUGACUGUGUGGAGGAUGAGGAGAAUGAGGGGGAUGAGAUAUAUGAAGACCUGAUGAGGGCCGAUGAGCCAUCGGAGACGCAGCAUCAGCAGAAGAUGGAGCAGAAGAUGGAGGUGGAUAAGAGAGAAUGCUGCCUGCAGGAGAUCAGACUGACAGAGGAGAAAUACACUGACACGCUGGAGUCCAUAUUACAGCACUUCAUGAAGCCCCUCCAGAAGUUCCUUCAGCCUCACGACAUAGAGAGCAUCUUCAUCAACACGGCAGAUCUGGCUGUAACCCAUCGUAGUCUGCUGGGGGAGAUCCAGACCUCGAUCUUAACCCUGAAUGCCGAGAACCUUUACCAGGUCUUCAUCAACUACAAAGAGAGGUUGUUGCCGUAUGGGCGGUACUGCAGUCAGGUGGAAGCAGCUACUAAACACCUGGACAAGAUGUCCGCCAUGAAGGAAGGAGUUAAGAUGAAACUAGAGGAGUGCUCUAAGAGGGCUAACAGUGGCAGGUUCUCUCUGCGUGACCUACUCAUGGUUCCCAUGCAGAGAGUCCUCAAAUACCACCUACUGCUCCAGGAGCUGGUGAAACACACCUCCAGCAAUACAGAGAAAGAAAACCUUCGGACAGCUCUAGACGCCAUGAGAGACCUGGCUCAGUGUGUGAACGAGGUAAAGAGAGACAACGAGAUCAUCAAACAGAUCACCACCUUCCAGUUGUCUAUAGAGAACAUGACUCAGUCUCUGGCUCUGUACGGACGACCCAAGAUAGAUGGAGAACUGAAGAUCAGCUCCUCAGAGAAGAAGUCCAAACAGGACAGGUAUGCGUUCCUGUUUGACAAGGCGAUACUAGUGUGUAAGAAGAAGAGUGGAGAGACGAUGGAACUGAAGGAGAUUAUAGACCUGCAGUACUACCAGCUACGAGACGAGACCACCGGGGAGAAGGACAGCAAGAAGUGGUCACAUUUUUUCCUGCUUAUAGACUGUUAUGGGAAGUCAGGAUACGACCUUUUCUUCAAGACCAGAGAUCUCAAGAAGAAAUGGCUGGAGCAGUUUGAGAUGGCCCUGUCCAACAUGUGUCCAGAGAACUGUACUGCCAACAGUCAUGACUUCCAGAUGCACUGCUUUGAAGAUACCACCUCCUGCAAGGCCUGCAGUAUGCUCCUCAGGGGGAUAUUCUUCCAGGGGUAUCGUUGUAGUCGUUGCAGAAUGGCCGCUCAUAAAGAAUGUCUGGGAAGAGUACCAGGCUGCGGACGCAACUCAGACCACUCAGGGAACGUGAAGAAGAAUAAGAAGUCAGCUCCUCACAGACAAGCCAGUCCAGGCCUUCCUACAAUGGAGGUGUGUCAGGAGUACUAUGGUUUACCUCCGCCCCCUGUAGCGUUCGGCCAACCACUGCACCUCUCCAUGGGUGAUGUCAUCGAACUGACAAGAGCCGAUGCCGACCUAACGUGGUGGGAGGGCAAGAACGUGACGAUUGGUCAGAUGGGUUGGUUCCCCUGCAGUAAGGUCCAGCCCUUCAUCUCUAGACCAACUCCCGACCUAUCCGACUUCCUAUGGUUUGCGGGGAACAUGGACCGGUCAGCGGCGAAGAACCUCCUGAUUUCACGGUCGGACGGAACGUUUCUGGUCCGCCAGAAAGACGGAGGAGAGUUCGCAAUCAGCCUCAAGUUUAACAUGGACAUCAGACACAUCAAGAUCACGUCAACAGAAGGCCUCUACCGCAUCAACGAGAAGAAAGCAUUCAAAGGGUUAAUCGUACGUCAUUCCCCUUCUUUCUCUCCUCGCCUCUCUGUUUACCCUCCUUGUCUCUCUGUCUACCCUCCUCAUCUCUCUCCCUCUUAUCUCUCUGUCUACCCUCCUCAUCUCUCUCCCUCCUCAUCUCUCUGUCUACCCUCCUCAUCUCUCUGUGUACCCUCCUCGUCUCUCUGUCUACCCUCCUCAUCUCUCUCCCUCUUCCUUCUUCUACUGGUAGUACAGCUCCAGGUUCUGCCCAUCAUGGAUCUCAUCUGCAGACAGGUGAGUUAA